UUAUCGUUGUUUUUGCCAACUCCAUUGACUUGUAUUAGAUGUCCUGUGAGGUACGGUAUUACUCCGCGCCGGGAACUUUGUUUCUAUUCUUGCAAUUGGCAAUGGCGGAUUAGCUCCACCACCUGGGCUGGAGUGUUUAUUAUUCAAGCUCUAAGCGGAAGAAUAUACGGGCAGGGUCCGAAAUUAACACCCGCCAAGCGCCAAAUGCGGGUAGAUUUUCCAUUUGGCGACUAAAUUCACAAAGCUAUCCGCCACGCUGGCGGGUGAUUUUAAUACCAAAAUAGUUAUGCAAUAUUAUGUGUUUGCCAGUAACUAAUCUGGGGACGAGGUGAGCUAGACAGACAUUAUUUACUCUCCAAAUCUCGCGAGACUGUGUCGGGACGGGAAGGUAAACAGUCCCGCGACCCGCGAGACUUGAAGCACUAGAGACGGUCUGUUGCUAGCUAGUACUGCAGCCAGCUAACUUGCGGUCUGCAGGUAUUCGCUAUCAGCUGAUAUGUGGCGACAUUUACCGGGAGUGAGCCAACUGUUAAAACGAAAACUCGCAGACGAAAAGGGGAAUGAGUUAAAUAAAAAAAGAAAAUUUUGUGAGAAAUGGAGGUAUGGAGAUGAUGGAGUUUCAAGAGGCUGGCUACAGUAUGAUUCUGACGCUGCUGUGAUGAGUUGUUCGGUGUGUCGCCAGUAUGCUAAAGAUAAAAACAGAAACAACUCAUUUGUCAUCGGAAAUAAAACGAUGAAACUUGAGAACAUUCGUGACCAUGAACACAGCAAAUGUCACAUUGCCUGCAUGUCUAUGUCCCUGGCUCAAUCGGAGCCUCUACUCUCGCAAACAACUGUGAAAGCACUAACGGCAAUGUCAACGCAGACCAGCAAGAAGAUGAAGCUACUGUUUAGGACUGUACAUGCCAUUGGCAAGAAGGCCAGGCCAUUUUCUGACUUCGAGUGGAUGUGCGAGUAAGUGAAUUUUUUUCCUCCUAUAGCUAGAGUACAGUUAGUGUUUUUGUCGGUAGUUUUUAAAGAGUAACUAAACCCAAUCCAACUUUUUUUAGUUAAUUAUCUGUAAGAAUGACGCUUUAGUGCUGUUCAUUGAUUUUAGUAUGUUUUUUUAACAUUGGGUAUAAAGUGUUUCAAUACUACAAUACAUGAUGUAAAAACGUCUGAGUGCUGCCCUCUUCAGGUUGAACGGUGGCUACUGCAGUUGAAUUUUCCUACUGGAUCCUGUUGGGUCCUAAAAAUAACUCGGGACGAUCUCACCAUACACUAGUUCGUCCCCUCUAUCUUUGUUGGGAUCUGUCCACUUUUCUUGCAUUUUUUAAAUAUUGCCAGUGGGUGGAUUCACGCUCUGACCAGGGGUUUAGUUACGUUUUAAAUGUUAUUUAGCAGACGUGGGCCAGUAUUGGUUAUUUCUCCGAUUUUGUAAAGCUUUGAUUUACCCCAAAUAAUUAUGUAAAUGCAGUAAAAUAAUAAGCCUGCUGAUGCUGACAUUGAGAGCUCUAUGCUUUUCUAUGGCUCUGUAACAUUAGGUUAAUGUCCCUUACGAAAAUUAACCAUGGUUUUACUACAGUUAAAACCAAAAAAACAUGGUUACUGCAGUAAAACCAUGGUUUUGCUGACAGUAAUCAAUACACCAUAAAUACAUGGUUACUACACUUUUACCACCAAAAAAACAUGGUUAAUUUUUCGUAAGGGGUUUGUCUCCAGAUACUGUUUAAAUUCUAAAGUGACAAUUUACUUAUCGGACUUAUAGUGUUGACCCUGAAAUAAACUUAGGUUAGGAGGCUGUCAACUAGUUGGAUAACAUGAUUGUAAUUAUAAUUAAUUUGGAUGCUUACAUUUUUGCAGUUUGGAUGAAAAAAAAGGAUUUGCUGUGGGGUCAACAUACAGAAAUGAGAAGCAGGCCAAAGAGUUCAUGCAUUAUAUUGCAGAGGUGGAGAGAAACAACAUCAGAGAAAAUCUAAAAAACACAAAAUUUCUCUCCAUCAUGUCAGAUGGCUCCACGGACAGUUCUGUGAAAGAGGAGGAGUUAGUGUAUGUCAGAUUCUGUCACAAGGGCAAGAUCGAGUCUAAGUUUGUUGGAAUUAAUGCAGUGGAGAAGGCAGAUGCUGCAAAUAUAAGUAAAGCCAUCAGCGCCAUCAUGGAGGGAGUGUGUGAUGAGUGGAAGAGCAAGUUGGUCGCUCUGGGAACUGAUGGAGCAGCGGUUAUGACUGGAGCCAAGAGUGGUGUGGUCAGCCGGCUGAAAGGGGACAGGGCCUACAUCAUCGGCAUCCACUGUAUGGCACACCGCCUUGAACUGGCCUUUUCUGAUGCCAUCCGUUCCAACGUGAUGUUUCAGAAAAUAGAAGACCUCCUCAGUGGGCUCUACACAUUCUACCACACCAGUCCACUGAACAGGGCAAACCUCAUAAACAGCUUCCAGGCUUUUGGGCACACACCACUGGUGCCCACCAGAAUUGGCGGGACACGAUGGGUAGGACACCUAUUGCGUGCACUGGAUCACUUCCUGCGAGGUUAUCAGGGGCUUGUCCAGCACCUGGAACAGAUUCAGUCUGCUGAUGCCCAAAAUGUCAGAGUUGUCCAGCAAGCCAAGGCCAGGAAGUACUAUAGUACUGUGAGGGAGGCUGUUGUUGUCCGCUUCUGUGGCUUCCUGCAUGACACACUAACCCACCUGAGCAACCUGUCUGCCUGUCUGCAGAGGUCCACAAUCACCAUAGCAGAAGCCCACAGCUCCUUGUGCUCAACAAAGGCAGUACUUAAGACGUACAAAACCAAGUAUGUUAAUUUAAGCUGCAAUAAGAAAUACUUAAAGAGAAUUAAGAGAAAGUAUUACUUCAAUAAGAGAGGGAGAAUGUGAAAGGGUAUGUGAGAAUGUGAGAGUAUGAGCCUUUUAUCAUCAGAAAAGGGCCCAUGAUGAAGGCCACAAUGACCAACAGCUAUGAGGGAGUUUCGCUGACAGGAGGUGACAGCAAGACCCUCUGCCUCAUCGUCUCACAGGACAAAAUGCUUGACAGACUAGUGGAGAGUAUGACUGACAGGUUCCAGGAUGCCAGUGUAGGGGUUCUGUGUGCAACCAAGCUGGUCAGCUUCACCAACUGGCCAGAGUCAGGAGAUGCA